AUGGCUAGGUGGUGUAUCACGUUGUUGGUUCUUGCUUUGGCUGUGGCUACAAGUGCCAGAAACGCACCUAACGAUGCUGGUUUGAAGGACCAGAAGAACUUCAUCACCUAUGGUGGGGUUGGUGGUUAUUCAGGAAUUGGGAACAAUGGAUUACCCUUUGGAGGAGCUGGUGCUGGAGUAGGUGGUGGUUUUGGCGGUGGAGCUGGUGGUGGUCUUGGUGGUCUUGGUGGUCUUGGUGGUACUACCGGAAUAGGUGGACUUGGUGGAUUCGGAGGUACUGGUGGUGGAGUUGGUGGUGGUGUUGGAACCGGUGUUGGUGGUGGUGCUGGAACCGGUGUUCUUCCUUUCCCUUGA